CUUCCCCACACCCUCCACAGCCUUCAACACAAUGCGAUGGCCACCACGGUCUUCAAAUUCCGAGAGGGACGGCGAUGAAAAGAGACGCCCUGUCUCUUGGGAAGACAAACUCAACGCCACAGAUUGGUCGCACUACACGGACCCAAGGACGUUAAUCCCCACCCUUCUCCUCACUACAACAAUCCUCAUGUCCGUUCGAGUCUACCGUUCGUACCUGCGUCGAAUCCCAGAAGCUACCCAUAUACGACCAGGCUUCUUUAGGAAGAGGAGCUUGUUUGGCACAGUUGCAAGAGUUGGCGAUGCAGAUAACUUCCAUCUUUUCCACCAGCCGGGUGGAAGGCUUGCAGGUUGGGGAUGGUUGCCAGGACGCAAAAUACCAGAGAAAAGGACAGACUUAAAGGGCAAAACGAUUCAUGUCCGCCUUGCCGGUAUCGACGCGCCGGAAGGGGCUCAUUUUGGCAAACCCCCACAACCCUAUUCUGCUGAAGCAUUGGAAUGGCUGAAGAACUACAUCUUGAAUCGAAGAGUGCGGGCGUACAUCUACAAGCGUGAUCAGUAUGAACGAGUUGUUGCUACGGUGUGGGUGAGGAGGUUUCUCUUCCGCCGAGAUGUAGGAAAGGAGAUGCUGAGAGCAGGGUUGGCUACAGUGUAUGAGGCUAAGAAGGGGGCUGAAUUUGGAGACUUUGAGGAGAAUUAUAGGAAAGCAGAGGCAAAAGCGAAGCGGAAGAAGCGGGGGAUGUGGAAGGGGAACCCGCAGGAUUAUGAGAGCCCGCGAGACUACAAGAUUCGAACGGCUGCCACGACCGAGACAAAAUAAGGAUACCCAGUUUAUCGGGAUCGAAGGAUGAUUCUUUCGUGGUUUUUGAGACACAGAUGAGUAGGUUGGCCGGUUGCUCCUGAAGGAUUCAACAGCGGCGAGGAGCAAGGAGUAUAUGUUUAUGCUCGACGCCAAGUAUUACGUCCUUGGGAUGGAGAUACGAUCUCAUCUCCCCAAGACAUCAAGAAAUCACCAAGAAUAAGAAAGGAGAAAAGUUGCCCUACGUCUCUGUGUAGCGUAUUAAGUGAAUAUAUCCAUCAGCCUCAACCUGAGAACCCUGUCUGGCAUAAGACCUCGGGACUUCACACGUGGGUGCUCCUUCCAACGCUGAAACUGCGACAAUUACUAUUUUUGAACACUGGCGGAUACUUGUACGGAGGCACAUCUUUACACGUAACCAGCCAAAAUCUUUUCAGGCACCACAACACUAAGUCGAGAGGCAAU